AUGAAGCCAGCAGACGAGGACGAUGUCCAGAUGGCUUUUGAAUAUCUCCAAGGACAGAGAGUCCACAACCAACUCUGUGCCAGCGCUCAGUCACCCUCUUUUAAAAAAAGACACUUUGAUCUUUCCUUUGAGAAUACACAGGUGCUUAAGGGGAAUUCAGGCCACAAAAAGUAUCAUUCCCUAUAUUUCUGUGGAUCGUACCGCUUCUAUGUGGCACAUCAGGUCUUUGGAGACUUAGAUGUUGCAAGGGCAAUUGAAUUACUGGAGAAACUGCAAGAAUCUGGAGAAGUACCCGUACACAAGCUACAGUCCCUAAAGAAGGUGCUGCAGAGUGAGUUUUGUACAGCUAUCAGAGAGGUGUAUCAAUACAUGCAUGAAACCAUAACAGUUAAUGGCUGCCCCGAAUUCCGAGCCAGGGCCACUGCAAAGGCAACAGUUGCUGCUUUUGCUGCAAGCGAAGGCCAUUCACACCCACGAGUGGUGGAGCUGCCAAAGACUGAUGAAGGCCUGGGCUUUAAUGUCAUGGGAGGAAAAGAACAAAAUUCACCUAUUUAUAUUUCUCGCAUCAUUCCCGGAGGAGUGGCAGAAAGGCAUGGAGGGCUCAAACGGGGGGACCAGCUGCUUUCAGUUAAUGGAGUGAGCGUGGAAGGAGAGCACCAUGAGAAGGCGGUGGAGCUGCUGAAGGCGGCUAAGGACAGUGUCAAGCUGGUGGUACGCUACACUCCCAAGGUGCUGGAGGAGAUGGAGGCUCGCUUCGAGAAACUGAGAACAGCCCGGCGCCGGCAGCAGCAGCAGUUGCUCAUUCAGCAGCAGCAACAGCAGCAAACUACACAGCAAAACCAUAUGUCGUAGGUUAUUCUCAAGGAAAAAAAAGCCUGGAUCAAGAGUUCAGUAAUCAAGCAACCAGAGCUGUACUUCAGUAUUCCAGCAAAAGGAAAAAAACUACAGGAACACAAAAUAGAAUUCAUCUGGAGAAUGUGCAGUACAAAAAUAAUGUAGUUAAGACAGCCAUAGGGAGGGUACCUUCAUGAUAAAGCUUUUCAUCACACGGCUGUCACAGAUACAUAGUACUUCUGUGAAUCUACUCCUAAUGAGAACAGCAUGAUAGGUAAACCCUAUGAAACAGAGAAGUUCAGGGCUUCCAAAUAAUUUUGUUUGGUCUAAUCUUGCACUCCUUACUCUGACAAAUUGGCCAGUUGGCUUUCUCUAGUCAGUGAAAGUUUUGUUUUAAGGAGAUCAAGAUUGGCUGCUUUUGGGGACAGAAUCUUUCACUACCGUUAUCUCCAGAAAUGAACAACUACAUCAGUUCAAAAUUUUGCCACUGACAUCAAACUCAUACAUCACACUUCAUAGCCACUUUGUACUAUAUAUUG